CUCCAGCUUCGUCUUCUGCAGCACUCCUUCUUCGUCUUCGUCUUCGCCGACAAGUUUCUCUUCUCCGAUCGUUUCUCCGAUGCCGAUCUCCGCCGCUUCUUCUUCUUCUUCCUCCUCCUCCUCCUCGUUUCUCGAAUGUACCAGUCCGACGAGUCCGAGCGUUCAACUCGUAUCGAAAUCGGUAUCGGAUCGGCUUCUCGGCAAGUUCUUCGACGCCUCGCAAUUCGACUUCGAUUACGAGCAGAGUAGCUUGUGGUCUCCGCCAAUUCCGAGGCGAGUGUUUUUGGAUUCGCCGGCCGAAGUUUGCUCCGGCUACGAGGUUUUCUCGAAGCUCGACAGUGCGAAGAAGGCGUGGAGGAAAUUCGUUAUCUGUUUCAGAGGAUUUUGGUGUUCUUGGAAUCCAUGAUUCCACCUUACAACUUUGUUGAGUGACUCUCCCUCUCCAACUAUGAUAUAUGGCUGAUUCAUAAUGAUUCAGGAAAAAAGGAAACAGAAAUUAGUUUUUUCUUUUGAGGAUUCUGUUAAUUGUAUUCUUAUUUAGUACCAUUGAAGAAAAAAGAAAAAGAAGAAAUCAAUACUCACUUCUAUUUGCCAUAAAAACUGGGGCAAAAAAAA